GAUGUGAAGUUGUACCAGAUGUAAAUGUUGCAGCAAAGAAGUUUGGAAUCAAAUUACUAAUUCCUGUUGCUGAUGGCAUGAAUGAAGUAUAUUUAAGAUGUGAUAACGAGAAUCAAUACGCCCGGUGGAUGGCUGCUUGCGUCUUAGCCUCAAAAGGCAAAACAAUGGCUGAUAGCUCUUAUCAUCCUGAGGUCCACAAGAUCCUUUCAUUUCUCAAGAUGAAGAACUGGACCAUGUCUUCCCAGGCUGUCUCUGAUCCAGAAAGCGUAGAUAUGAAACCAGAAUGCUUUGUCUCACCACGUUAUACCAAAAAAUACAAGUCCAAGCAGCUGACUGCUCGUAUUCUGGAAGCCCACCAAAACGUAUCCCAGAUGCCCUUAGUGGAGGCCAAGCUGCGUUUUAUUCAAGCCUGGCAGGCCCUCCCCGAGUUUGGCUUAUCCUACUACAUUGUAAGGUUUAAAGGAAGCAAGAAGGAUGAUGUGCUUGGGGUGUCCUAUAACAGGCUGAUACGAAUAGAUAUAGCCACAGGAGAUCCUAUCACAACGUGGAGGUUCUCCAACAUGAAGCAGUGGAACGUGAACUGGGAAAUACGCCAGGUUGCAAUCGAGUUUGAUCAGAAUGUAUCUAUUGCUUUCACAUGUCUAAGCGCAGACUGCAAAAUCAUCCAUGAGUAUAUUGGAGGCUACAUCUUCUUAUCAACCCGUUCCAAAGACCAGAAUGAAACACUGGACGAAGAUCUGUUCCAUAAAUUAACUGGAGGUCAGGAAUGAGGUGAAGUAAACUCUCUUCCCUCUGCCUGCUUCUCCCCACAGCUAAGACCAGAGAUUAAUCAAAAAUCUCUUUGAUUGUUAAUUGCU